AUGCCUCACCACAUGGUGUCAAGUUCAAAUUCCUCUUCCACUGCAGCGCCCAGUCCUGCAAAUAAUAACUCUACUUCGACUCAGAGAUCUUCACCUCCUUCUCAUACAUCUAGGUCUCCAAUUUCUAGAUCCGCAAGUCCGGUUCCGCCGCCUGUUUCGCCUAUCACUCCUACAUUAUCGGCCGCGAGGUUGGCCUCGAAUUCAAAUGCGAAUGCGAACGUGAAUUUGGGACCUGGCGCACAAAAUGGAGCGAUACGGCCGGAAUCGCAAUUAUCAGGACAGCCACAACGAAAUCAUACAGGGGGAAAGAAUAUCGCAAUGUUGAAUAAUAGUCGCACAGCCGAAAAUACCCCUCAACCAAUUCAAAGCCAUCCAGCCGCGCAAGCACAAGCUCAUUCAUCCAGAGAAAAAUAUACGCAUACACAACAAGCGCCCCAAGUGUCAAUGCCGCAACCAAAACCACAAACGAUUGACCUGGAUCAGAACCCGGAUGUCUUGGCGAUGAGAAGUACGAUUUCAAUAUUACAGUUGCAGGCGAGGAAUGCGCAAAGGGAUAUGAUCACGCUGCAAAGGAUUAAGGAGCGGGCGAUGGAAGAUCCAGAGGGAUUUGUGGGGAGUUUAAGGGAGGGGGAGAAGAAGGAGAGGGAGGAGAAUGCUAGGAGGACUGGAGCAGUGGCUGCGGAUGGAGAGAGUAGCAGUGAUGAAGAUGAUGACAAAGAUGAGGAGUCUAGGAUGGAUGGUCAACAAAUUAAUGGAGUUUCAGCUAAAGAUGCAGAAUGGGAGAAACUGCCAAUGCCGCAGAAUAUUGUGCGGUGUCCACCGGUUAACUGGGCGAAAUAUGGAGUUAUGGGGGAGAGCUUAGAUCGAUUGCAUGAAGAUCAAAUUAGGAGACCGAGUCAAGGAAUACCCGCUACUAUCAAUGCGGAUGGAAGUACGACACAUAAAUAUGGAGAUGGGCCGAAGAAGGAAUAUGUUAUGCAGAAGCCUCUAGGAUUAGGCGAGAUGGUUUCGAAACCAAAGAAAAAGAGAUCACCUUCGAGUAAAUAG